AUGCGGCCGGGCGCGGUGUUGGUGGCUCUGGCCGUUGCUUGGCUGGCCGUGCUGGCCAAAGACCCGUAUGGCGAAGAUUGCCAAAAUCAGCUGUAUCCUCCAACAGGACCAAGGGUCAAAGGCAGCAUUCCGAAUUACUUCAUCAAUCUUGACUUGCCACCUCAUGAAAGAUGGGCCCAGGUGGCACGUGACAAGAAAGACGAGCUGAACAUCUUAAUUGAGCAUAUCAAAAAGAUAAUGACCGUGGUGUUCCCAAGUAGCAAAAUGAUACAGUUGUUGGAAUCAAAAUUGGCUUGGUUAGGGUCUACUCUUCCUUAUCCUUUCGCUGAUGAGAUCAAAGGCAUCGCUGAUGCAUGUGGCGCUCCGUUAGGUGACAUAGUUAUAUUUAAUGUCUUCUAUGAAAUCUUCACUGUGUGCACUUCAAUAAUAGCAGAAGACGACACAGGAAAGCUGUAUCAUGCCAGGAAUCUUGAUUUUGGGCUCUUCCUUGGGUGGGAUAUUAAAAAUAGUACUUGGAUUGUAACACAGAAGUUGAAACCAUUGGUGGUAUCACUGGACUUUCAGAGGAACAAUAAGACAGUCUUUCGGUCUUCAAACUUGGCAGGCUACGUGGGAAUGGUAUCUGGAGUCAAACCAGGCAUUUUUACUCUAACCAUGAAUGAACGUUUCAGUAUUGAUGGAGGUUACAUUGGAGUCUUUGAGUGGAUCUUUGGCAAGAGAGAUGGUUGGUGGAUGAGCUUCCUUACUAGAAGUGUCCUGGAAAACAGUACAAGCUACGAAGAGGCAAAGGACAGGCUCACCAACACGAGGCUGCUGGCUCCGGCUUAUUUCAUAUUGGCAGGAAACAGGUCUGGACAGGGAAGUGUGAUUACACGUUCCCGAACUGCUGCCCUAGACGUUUGGGAGCUGAAUGCAAAGAAAGGUACCUGGUAUGUGCUGGAAACCAAUUAUGACCGCUGGAAGGUUCCAUUGGUUGUGGAUGAUCGGAGAACUCCCGCAAUGAAGUGUAUGAACCUAACAAUGCAACAGAACGUCUCACUGCCAGCUUUGUUCAAUGUUCUCUCCACAAAGCCUGUCCUUAAUAAGUUGACCGUUGCUACAACAUUGAUGGAUGUUUCUGAUGGUCACAUAGAGAGUUAUUUGAGGAACUGUCCAGAUCCUUGCAGUCCCUGGUGAGGACUGAGCGUGCCAGAGGAAUGAAUGCUCUCCAGGGUGGGCAGGAUUG